AUGCUCCCAUUCGUCUCUGUGGCACCGCGGCCAAACGGCGCUGCGCUUCGUGACGGGUGGCCUCAGCGCCAUCGCCGCCGCCCCGCCCCCGCUGCUGAGGCGCGAGCCACCCGCCCCGCGCCCACCCCUGAGCCCGCGGCCGCACGCACCGUUCGCGCCCUCGCUGACGGACGGCACGUGACGUUGACGCAACCGGGGAUUGGCUGUGGGAAGCCGCAGGGGGCGGGGCUUCGCAUCCGUGUAGCGUCCAACGGCUCCGACAAGUCACGUGUCUGUAGCGACGCCUCGCCCAUUGCGGCGCUGCGCUUCGUCCCGCGCUGCCGCCCACAGCGCCGUUUGUUUCCACGCUCCGCGGGCGGGCGGCUCGCGAUGUCUCCCCUCCACCCUCGGCCGCUCGCAGCGGGUCACCCCGCACCACGCGGGACGGCACCGGGCCGGACUCCCGCACCCACCGCGGGGAUUCCUCGACGCUCAGCGGGAAGCCCCGGCGGGGAGCGCUGGUCUCUGCCCGGCAGCGCCGAGGUGGCGGUCCGCGCGGGCGCUGCCCGGCAGGACGAGGGUCUCGCCGCAGCCCGGAAAGCCCCGCUGGCCCGGGGUUUCCCCGCCGCCCCCGGCCGGGCCGCGCUGCGAGCCCCGGCGGCGCUUCUCUACAGCCUCCGUGUCUCUCCUGCAGGUACCUUCGUGGCCGGCGCGGGCUGCGGGCGGGGAGCGAACUGCCAGCAGUGCCCGUCCGACACCUUCUCCAGCGCGGUGGGAGCCAGCAGCUGCAAACUGUGCCGCAAGUGCGAAGGAAGAUUCAAGUACUUAAAGGUGUGUUCACCAAUAAGUGACGCUGAGUGCACGUGCAAGGAGGGAUAUCGCUGCAGUGACGAUGGCUGCACCCGCUGUGACAGAAGCUGUGGGCUGGGCAAGGAGAGAACUGGGAGCGGUUGCCAGACUUGCCCCUAUGGAACUUUUAAUGAUCAGCCCGAUAGCUCUUGUAAAAACUGGACAAUAUGUUCUGAAAACCAGGUUCUGCAGCCUGGAACUGCAACAAAAGAUGUGGUUUGCAAACACAGUCCAGAUAAUCCCACUUUAGCCACCACUUUACCCACCACUUCUCCUGCAGUUCCAUUUCCUAUCGCUGUGCCAGGGAGGGACCUCCAGAUGGACAUUAUCAGAAUUUCUCUUGCUGUAGCAGGGCUGUUGUGCAUAGCAUUUCUCCUGCCUUUGUGUGUAUGCCUCAGCGUCUGGCAGAAAAAGAAGCUACGCGCUGUCUUCAAGAAAAUGCAGACUACGCCUGAGCAGUCAGUCCAGGAAGAGACCUGCAGCUGCCGCUUCCCUGAGGAGGAACAAGGAGAAGAUCAAGAUUGUGGCAAAUCCACAGAAUUCAGAGACCUCUUGGAGAACUAAGAAUUGGACUGUCCAGGUCACCCCUAUUUGUUUCCUCUUAGAACACAACCUUUCAAUUUGUGAAUUUCAGAGUGCUAAGUAGUCCAUUUAAGGAGAAAGCACAUCUUUUCUAGCUUGUUGAUUGUUAUCUGGGACUAGGAAUCAUAUUUCUAAGCAGUAGUAGUACUGCUGUGCUUAAAACCAAGGCCAGUAUGGCAUUCUGGCUCCUCUUAUAAAUGCUGCUUCAGCCAUAACUUACACGAAGCCUGAAAGCAUUCAUCCCUAAAAUGGAGAUCUGUAGUGUGUAGGAGAGCUGUGUGUGCCACUCAUGGUCUCUGCAUUACUGUUGCCAGCUCUCCUCCUGAGUCUGGAGCUGCAGCUCCUCUCAAAGCAUAGCUCAAACCCAGCAGUGUUGGGUUUCUUCUGCAAACACUUUCAGUUGCCAGCAGCCAUGGAAACAGAUCUGGCCUGACCACCACACAGCCUCUUAUGUCAGAGACAGGAAAAUGUAAAAAAAAAAAAUCUAGAGCUGCAAAGUUUUUUUCUAACAGCUUGUACCUGCUGUCGUAGUGCAGAGAUUGCCUUAAUAGAGGCAGUGGAAACACUGAGAAAAGCUGUGGUUGACUUGCUCUUAGGAAGGGAUGUUUCUGCGCACUUAGACUGCAACACCUCAGUCCUACAUCAUUCAGCUUUCAUCUUUUGGGUGAUGUAAAUGUGUUGCAGAUGAGGUAUAUGUAGAACGUGAUACAUUUCUGGUACUAUUUCUGUUCCUCUAAGGAUGGAAAGAUUUUAACCUCAGACAGUGUAUCUGUCUUUCUGAUCAAGUGCUGUUACUUUGGUCUAAAAGAGAAAAGAAAAUGCUGGCAGUGACAGCAUUUUUAACCUUUUUCAGAGCCAAAUAUUUUAUUUCUUCAGUAAACGUUAUUUAAAAAUAGAAUUUAAACCUAUCAACAUGCAGGUAAAGGGUGAUUUUCGUAAUUUCAGUAAUGUAAUCUUUAUGUAAUUUCAGUUUUGAAAAAAAUACAGUUGUCUGAAGAAUGACUGCUUAUGCAUCUAUUAGCACAAAAUUAAGAUUUUUUUACAUAGUAAUUUUAAUAAACCUACUGUUUUGUAACUUUUUUGUAACUUCUUCUGUAUAUUAGACAGUAAGUACAGAAACCUGAAUUCCAAAGUUAAGUAUAUGUAAAUAAAUAAUUUGUUUCGAAGCCCUGGA